UAUAGAAGACGCCAUGGCUGAUAGCGACUGUGUGCUUAUGAAGUUCACUUGUGAUGAGAUUAGGCCUGACAUUGACCUAAUAGAAGUUGGCACUGUUGACACAGCAAAUACCGCUACUACGCUAGAAACGAUUUCGUCCACCGCACUGAUGCCAUCAACACCUCUGUCAACUGCAGCAACACCACCGGAAACCCACACGUCAACCGGAGUGACGCCAUCAACAACUUCCCUCACUGCACUCACAUCACAAUCAUCCUCAACACCACUGUUGUCUACCACAGUGACGUCAGCGCCAUUGUUGUCUACCACAGUGACGUCAGCGCCAUUGUCGUCUACCACAGUGACGUCAGCGCCAUUGUCGUCUACCACAGAGAUGUCAGAGCCUUUGUUGUCUACUGCAUCUGGUGUAUAGGAUUGAAAUUAGAAUUCAUUGUGCUUAGAAUGGAACUCAAACUUUCAAAAACAAAUAAUAUGCAGAAAAUCUUACAUUUGUACUUUAUGACGUAUGGCUUAAAAUAGAAACAACAGACAUUUGUUCUCAACAUUUUAGGUGAUUCUGAGUUAAACCGGGGUGUUAACUGCUCAGCAGUGUCAGGUGUCUACUGGAUCUCAACACACUAUCAUACGUUUAAGGUACCAUAGGGUAGAUAUAACACUAGCCUGAUAUAAAUCAAUUUAUAGAUCAAAUAAUCACCGUUUUGCUCGCAUUUUGUCAGAUAAAGCAAUGUUUUGGCUUGAUAGUCUUGGCUUGAU